AUGGGGAUCUGCGCCUCGUCGAGGCGCGUGCAGCAGGAGGAGGACUCCGACGAGAACGUGGUGUACGUGAUGGACGAGCAGGGCGGCGGCGGGGGAGCGGACGGGGACGGCCAUGGCCGGAAGGUGGCCUCCCUCUUCUCGCAGAAGGGCAAGAAAGGGCCCAACCAGGACGCCGUCAUCCUCUGCCAGGGAUUCGGAAUGGAGGACGGCGUGUUCUGCGGCGUGUUCGACGGCCACGGGCGGUGCGGGCAGUUCAUCAGCAAGCUGGUGAGGGACUACCUCCCCUUCAUGAUCCUGAGCCACCGGAACGCGCUCCUCCUGGGGGGCUCGGACGACGACGACGAUGACCCGGUCUUCAGCGACGCGUCGCCCGCGGCGUCGUCCACGGACGGCAGCGGGCGGUCGUCGCCGAAUGCGCUGGCGCCGGCGCAGCUGCUGGAGGAGUGGCGGGAGGCCUGCGCCAACGCGUUCCAGGCCAUGGACAAGGAGCUCAAGCUCCAGGCCAACGUGGACUGCAACUUCAGCGGCACCACCGCCGUGUGCGCCAUCAAGCAGGGCAAGGACCUCAUCAUCGCCAACCUCGGUGACUCCAGAGCCGUGCUGGCGACCAUGUCGGAGACCGGAUACCUCAAGGCCGUGCAGCUCACCACCGACCAGAAGCCCAACGUGCCUCAGGAGGCUGAGCGGAUCAAGCGCUCCAACGGCCGCGUGUUCGCGCUCAAGGACGAGCCGUCGGUGCUGCGCGUAUGGCUCCCCGACGAGGACUGCCCCGGUCUGGCCAUGGCCCGGUCGCUGGGGGACUACCGCCUGAAGCGGCACGGCGUGGUGUCGGAGCCCGAGGUGACGCACCGCCGCGUCGCGUCGGGGGACCUGUUCAUCAUCCUGGCCACGGACGGCGUGUGGGACGUGCUGAGCAACGAGGAGGUGGUGUCCAUCGUCUGCGCCACCCCGCGGAAGCAGCACGCGUCCAAGGCCGUCGCCGAGGCCGCCGCGCAGCGGUGGCGGACCAGGUACCCGGCGUCACGCGUCGACGACUGCUCCGCCGUCUGCCUCUUCCUAAGGGACCAGCAGGACUGGGCCAGCAGCGUCGCCGCGGCCAAGGCCAAAGGCGGCCGCCGCGAGACCGCCGCACGGCCGCUAGCCGCUAGUGCUAGCUAG